GUGAACCGUGGUACGUUGUUCAACCUCAUCUGGAGUAUUCCGCCAGUCGUACUUCAAGCUUCCUUAGUGCAUGAAAUUCAGGAGCGUUGAUUGGCCGGUAUUCCCUUUACAUAAUUUCAAUUUCUUCUACCAAUGCCUGCAACUCGCCAGCCAUUGUCAAAACUUACCACCAUACACCGUAGAAACCUGCUACCUCUUCACAAUGUCCACAAACCAAAAUGCCUCUCAAGUUCCUCUUCCUCGUAGACAACCCGAUGGCACCGUCAUUAAAUCUACACAGCCACCUGUUUGGGCAGUGGAGAACGCAGUGAGCUCAGAAACCCCCCCUCUCAAUGCCAAAUGUGCAAGGCAUUCUAUGCCUCAAGGAGUUUGCUGUAAAGAACUCAUAUCUGAGGAAAGGACACUCAUUGACCCCGAUGUUGUUCGGGACGUAAUCAUCGGGUUAUCAGAUGGUCUGACAGUACCUUUUGCACUCGCCGCAGGUUUAUCUUCUCUCGGCACAUCGCGAAUAGUCGUCUUGGGUGGUGUAGCAGAACUCAUCGCCGGGGCUAUCUCGAUGGGUAUCGGAGGUUUCUUGGGCUCUCAAGCCGAACGUGAUCAUUACCGUUUUCUCAAGAACCAGACAGCUACACGAGUUGUCCGUAGCUGUGCUGGUGAGAUGGAGAGGGAAGUCGAGGAGGUGCUUGGACCCGUGGGUGUUGACCAGGCGACUUGUAGGGCCGUCGCGAAAAGUUUGAGAGACGCUGGUGGUGAAUAUGAAGCUUCACCCGAAGCGAGGUCGUCCGCAGACAUUGAAACUGAUAGUUUACGGUGGAGCAAGGAUGUUGGACUCACUGCUUUCUUGGUUAAGUUUGGUCGGGGUUUAGAGGAAGUACCAACUAAGCGACUUUAUAUCUCAGCUUUCACCAUCGGUAUGGGAUACCUCAUUGGUGGACUCAUCCCUCUCAGCCCCUAUUUCUUCAUACCCAAUGCCCAAGUUGCUUUGGUUUACUCCUGCAUCAUCACUGGCGUCGUUCUUCUCAUAUUUGGUGCCAUCAAAACGCAGGUGACCGGAGCAUCCAACAGCAUUGGCGGCAUAGUCUAUGGUGCCCUAACGACACUCCUUGUUGGUGGAAUUGCCGCGGGUGCAGCGUUUGCGAUCGUCAAGGCAUUAGAAGGACGACAGUAAUCCUCUCAUAGCUUGAGUAACACCACUACGGAUCAUAACGUUGGCCCCUUGGUCUGAGUGACGGCCGUAACCCUGAGUUAGCGGCGAGUCCGGUGGGUCCUUUCGCAGGAACGCUGUUAACUAUCUUACUAUCUGUAUAUCUUCUCAAUCAAUACGUUCCCCCGUAACGUACCUCAUCAUUCUAUUCUUGUGUAGACAGGUACCAUGUAGAUCGAUUUCUUGUUAGUACUUAAUUUGAAAAUGCAUAAACACAAGAUGCUUUACAAGACAAAC